AUGUCGGCGAUUAGAAUUGCCGUUGAGGGCUGCGUGAGCAUUGCCAUGCCGCUCCCCCCUUCUCGUCCUUUGUCUAACGAUCGUAGGGCCAUGGGACCCUCAAUGCCAUCUACGAUUCGAUAAAACGUGCCUGCAAGAUCAACAGAUACCCACCCGUAGACCUCCUCAUCAUCGGCGGGGACUUCCAGGCCGUCCGGAAUCUACGGGAUCUCAAUGUCAUGUCUUGUCCGCCAAAAUACCGCGCUCUGGGGGAUUUCCACGAGUACUAUUCGGGCGCCCGCAAGGCUCCCAUGCUUACUAUAUUCGUUGGCGGGAACCAUGAAGCCAGUUCUCACCUCUGGGAAUUGUUUUACGGUGGUUGGGUUGCCCCAAAUAUCUACUACAUGGGAGCUGCUUCCGUCCUGAACUUCCGGGGACUGAGGAUUGGUGGCCUUAGUGGGAUUUACAAUGAGCGGCAUUACGACCAUCCACAUGACGAGCGGUUACCAUAUUUCCCCGGCGAGAUAAAAAGCGUCUAUCAUGUUCGGCAGUACGACGUUUUCAAGCUUUAUCAGAUAGAGGGACCCGUAGAUGUUAUGAUUAGCCAUGAUUGGCCCAGUGGAAUUGAGCACCAUGGCGAUCUGAAUGAACUUCUCAGGAAGAAGAGCUUUUUCAAGAGUGAUAUUGAGAAGGGAGAGCUGGGCAGCCCGCCUGCAAGGAGUCUACUGAAUAAAUUGAAACCAAGGUAUUGGUUUUCUGCCCAUCUCCACGUCAAGUUUGCGGCGCUAGUGGAUCAUGGAAAGUCCCAGGAGGAGGGGGAGGAAGGGGAGAUGGUGUUAAUUCAAGGAAAGGGGAAAGAGAGGGCAGUUAGUCCCGUGGAGAAGAACCCUGAUGAAUUGGAUUUGGAUAUGGAUUUAGAGGGGACCGCGGAAACGAAGGUAGUAAAUCAGGACGAGAUUGAAUUGGACCCUGAUGAGGAACCCGGGGCGGCAGCUCUGAAGGGUGAGGAUGAAAUCGAACUAGAUCUUGACCAACACUCUUCAGAGACCGCUGGUGUUCCCCUGGGAAACAUGGUUCUUGAGGUCGCUAAAGCUGGGGAGCCUGCUUUGGCUGCAGAAUCCGAGGAUGCUCGGGCCGGCUUGGCCCCUCCGGUCGGACCGGUGGUCGGCCUGGCAGACAAGAAUAAAGUUACCAAAUUCUUGGCCCUAGACAAGUGUCUCCCCCACCGCGAGUUCCUCCAACUUCUCACCAUCCCCAUCACAAAAUCCUGGCCCGGCCUCUCCUAUGAUCCGGAAUGGCUAGCAAUAACCCGCGCUUUAAACCCCUACCUCCACAAACAUCCCUCAGCCCUCAACUCCGAAGCCUUUAGGGAAUCUAUCGGCCCGAUGAUUGCCGGGGAGCGGAGGUGGGUAGAAGAAAAUGUUGUCGCAAAGGGAAAGUUGGGUAUCCCCGAGAACUUUCACAUUACUGCGCCUAUUCAUGAGGGUAGCCCGACUGCUCAGGAGGACCGCUUGCCGGAGAGCUACGUUAAUCCUCAGACAACGGCGUUUUGUGAAUUGCUGGGGAUCGAUGAUGGGACUAGAUUUGCACCAGGGAGUGAAGGGAAAGAGGAGAGGUACAGGAGUUUUGUGGCUAAUGGAGGUGGGGGUUAUCCGCGUGGAGGAAGAGGUGGUGGGGGCAGAGGCGGUGGAGGAAGGGGUGGGAGAGGCAUGCGGGGGGGGAGGUGGAGGGAGAAGAAGGGGGUGUGUUCCUAG